CGCACUUAUCUUAUCACGGGGAAGAAGGCCGGCGUCGUGCAGCAGCCAGGAUGGCGACUCUCAAGACGCGCCUUCUUCUGGUCAUCGCGUACCUCGCCAGCGUCGCCGCGGUGGUCAGCGUGGAACGCUACUGGCACGACUCAGGCUACCAGUUCUCCGACCUGCUGAGCCGGAAUGACUACGUUUCUGCACUGCUGCUGGUCUUUGCUGUCAUCGGGAUAGCCCUCAGUGCUUUGAUUGUUGCCGCUGGAUUUGUAAACAUCGCCACAAGAGCACUGGCAAUCAACGGCUGCGACGGCUCCUGCCAACACCGCCAGCAGCGAGCACAACACUAUGGAAACCCUAACAACAUCGACGUCGCUGUGCAGCCAACGGAUACGACCAUUGCCGCGGGAGGACCAGCUCUGGUGGCUCCAUGUUACAACGUGUCGCUGAUGCAUCUCGGCCAUCCUCGUCAACCGGAACCAAGUUGCCCGCCCCAAGAUAAUUACCCGCCGAUUACCCAGGGAGGCCCUUCGAUCAAAGUGGAGCCAAAGUACUAUAGACGAGACUAGCGCGUCCUGGUGACCAUGGCUACGAAGGAUGGGGUCUGUGAAGUGAUCAGCGCUACGACAAUACAGCUGAACGAAAAUGCGAGUUGUUGGCAGAGCUGUGCAAACCUGUACUCGUUCACAAAUUUCGUCUU